CUCGGUUGGGCUGCUGGGGAGGAGGAAAGCUCUGGCUGUGAUGCCGCUGGAUGAUGGCUGCUUUCGGGAUCCUAAGUUACGAACACCGGCCAUUAAAGCGGCCCCGACUCGGCCCUCCGGACGUUUAUCCUCAAGAUCCAAAGCAAAAAGAGGAUGAGUUGACUGCACUGAAUGUGAAACAAGGAUUCAAUAACCAACCAGCUGUGUCUGGUGAUGAACAUGGCAGUGCCAAAAAUGUCAAUUUCAACCCUGCGAAGAUCAGUUCAAACUUUAGCAGCAUCAUUGCAGAGAAGCUGCGUUACAACACGUUUCCAGACACAGGGAAACGUAAGCCGCAGGUCAACCAGAAGGAUAAUUUCUGGCUUGUCACAGCAAGGUCACAGAGCUCCAUCAAUAAUUGGUUCACGGAUUUAGCGGGGACUAAACCUCUGACACAGCUUGCUAAAAAGGUUCCAAUCUUUAGCAAAAAGGAGGAGGUUUUUGGAUACUUGGCCAAGUACUCAGUCCCUGUCAUGCGUUCAGCAUGGAUGAUCAAGAUGACCUGUGCGUAUCACGCAGCCAUCACAGAAACUAAAGUCAAGAAGAGGCAUGUGAUUGAUCCUUGUAUAGAAUGGACUCAGAUUAUUACAAAGUACCUGUGGGAGCAGCUUCAGAAGGUGGCCGAGUUUUACAGACAGUUUCCCAGUCAAGGCUGCAGCUCACCCCUACCAGCCACCCCCGCAGAUGUGGAAACGGCCAUGAAGCAGUGGGAAUACAACGAGAAGCUAGCCAUGUUCAUGUUUCAGGAUGGGAUGUUAGACAGACACGAGUUCCUGACAUGGGUGCUGGAGUGUUUCGAGAAGGUCCGACCUGGUGAAGAUGAGCUUCUCAGACUUCUCCUGCCGCUUUUACUACAGUACUCAGGGGAAUUUGUACAGUCGGCCUACUUGUCACGGAGACUGGCUUACUUCUGCACACGCCGCCUCAACCUGUUGCUAAGCGACGGGAGCCUGGGCCCCGGCACAGGAGGGCAUCCAGCCCAUGGCAUGUUGACGCAGCAAGGUAACGCCCUGCCCCCUACCCCGACCUCGCAGCCGACGGGAGGGAACCAGCCCCAGACAGCGUUCACGGACUUCUACAUCUGCCCUCAGCACAGGCCUCUGGUGUUCGGGCUCAGCUGCAUGCUACAGAGCAUAGUAUUGUGUUGUCCCAGUGCUCUGGUGUGGCAUUACUCUCUGACAGACAGCAGAAAUAAAACUGGUUCACCUCUGGACCUCCUGCCCAUCGCUCCGUCCAGCUUACCAAUGCCAGGGGGGAAUACUGCCUUCACACAGCAGGUCCGUACAAAGUUGAGAGAAAUCGAGGAGCAAGUUAAGGAGCGAGGCCAGGCAGUAGAGUUCAGGUGGUCGUUUGACAAGUGUCAGGAGACCACAGCAGGGUUCACCAUUGGGAGGGUUCUCCACACCCUGGAGGUUUUAGACAACCACAGCUUUGAGAAGUCUGACUUUAACAACUCACUGGAUUCCCUGUACAACCGAAUAUUUGGGUCAGGUCAGAGUAAAGAUGGCCAUGAGGUAAGGAUCGAUUCCCCUCACCUCUAUAUUUUUUUAUCAUGUAAAACUCUUGUAAACAGGUUUUCUACAUUUAGCACUCAAAGACUGCUUGCUGUGUGUCUGGUGUGUAUUUGCUUGCAGAGGUGUGGUGAGUCGGAGGUGGUGGACGAGAAGGGCUCUGUGUCAUCCGGCUCCCUCUCAGCUGCCACGCUACCAAUCUUUCAGGAUGUACUGCUACAGUUUCUCGAUACUCAGGCCCCCACACUGACGGAGCCUGGGAACGAAAGUGAACGAGUGGAGUUCUCCAACCUGGUCCUGCUCUUCUGCGAGCUCAUCCGUCACGACGUCUUUUCCCACAACAUCUACAUGUGCACUCUCAUUUCCCGUGGUGACCUGGCUUCUGACUCCCAUCUGCAGCGCCCACGCUCCCCCAGUGAUGAGCCCUCCGAUGAAUCAGAGCGCAAGGAGCAGGACGCAGGCAGCAGUGUCAAGAUGGAGGAUACCGGUCUGUCGGAGUCGAUGGAAAUCGAUCACAACUCCAGUGCUAAUUUUGAUGAGAUGUUCUCUCCUCCGAUGCACUGUGAGUCUAAGGGCAGCCCCUCUCCUGAGAAGCCAGCCCCAGAGCAGGACAGCAAGGCCGGCUGUAAGGACAAGGGCAUGGACCCUGCUUUCCCUCAACUGUAUGAGCAACCUCGCCACAUUCAGUAUGCCACUCACUUCCCCAUUCCUCAGGAGGAGAGCGCCAGCCACGAGUGCAACCAGCGGUUAGUGGUCCUCUACGGUGUGGGCAAACUGAGAGAUGAGGCGCGACACACCAUCAAGAAAAUUACCAAAGACAUCUUGAAGGUGCUGAACCGCAAAAGCACAGCAGAAACAGGAGGGGAGGAAGGACAAAAGAGGAAGAGGAGUAAGCCGGAGGCCUUUCCCACUGCGGAAGAUAUCUUCUCCAAAUUCCAGCACCUCUCCCACUUUGACCAGCACCAAGUCACCUCCCAGGUCUCCAGAAAUGUGCUGGAACAGAUCACCAGCUUUGCCUUAGGGAUGUCUUACCACCUGCCUCUCGUCCAGCACAUUCAGUUCAUCUUUGACCUCAUGGAGUACUCCCUCAACAUUAGUGGCCUCAUAGACUUUGCUAUUCAGCUUCUGAAUGAGUUGAGUCUGGUGGAAGCCGAGCUGCUGCUGAAGUCGUCCAGCCUGGUGGGCACCUACACCACCAGCCUGUGUCUGUGUAUUGUUGCUGUGCUGAGGAGGUACCACUCCUGCCUCAUUCUCAAUCCUGAGCAGACUGCGCAAGUUUUUGAUGGGUUGCGCAUCGUGGUGAAAUCAGGUGUGAACCCGGCAGACUGUUCCUCUGCUGAGCGUUGUAUCUUGGCCUACCUGUAUGACCUCUACACCUCCUGCAGUCACCUCAAGAAUAAGUUUGGCGAGAUCUUCAGUGAGUUCUGCUCCAAAGUAAAAAACUCCAUCUACUGCAAUAUCGACCCUUCAGACUCCAACAUGCUUUGGGAUCCUGUGUUUAUGAUGGAAGCCAUUGCCAACCCCUCGGCCCACAACUUCAACCACUCUAUGGUGGGCAAGAUCCUCAACGACAGCCCAGCCAACCGCUACAGCUUUGUCUGUAAUGUGCUCAUGGAUGUGUGCGUGGACCACAGAGACCCUGAGAGGGUAAACGAUAUUGGGAUCCUGUGCGCAGAGCUGACAGCAUAUUGUCGCUCCCUGAGUGCUGAGUGGCUCGGCAUCCUCAAGGCUCUCUGCUGCUCCUCUAACAAUGGCAACUGUGGCUUCAAUGACUUGCUGUGUAACGUAGAUGUUAGCGAUUUGUCCUUCCAUGAUUCCCUGGCAACCUUCGUAGCCAUUCUCAUUGCUAGACAGUGCCUACUCCUAGAAGAUCUGGUUCGCUGUGUGGCCAUUCCUUCACUCCUCAAUGCAGCCUGCAGCGAGCAAGACUCUGAGCCAGGAGCCAGACUCACCUGCAGGAUUUUGUUGCACCUUUUCAAGACGCCACAGCGCAACCCCGUCCCCCAAGAUGGUGUGAAGUCAGAUAAAUCUUCAGUUGGUAUCCGGUCGUCUUGUGAUCGCCACCUUCUUGCUGCUUCUCAGAACAGCAUAGUUGUUGGAGCAGUAUUUGCUGUCCUCAAAGCUGUCUUCAUGCUGGGUGAUGCUGAGCUAAGAGGCUCAGGACUGUCACACCCUGCUGGCCUCGACGACAUAUCUGAGGGGCGCAAUGUCUCCAUAGAAACGGCCAGCUUGGAUGUAUAUGCAAAGUAUGUUCUGAAGACGAUCUGCCAGCAGGAAUGGGUAGGAGAGCGCUGCCUGAAGUCUCUGUCUGAGGACAGCAGUGCCCUCCAGGACCCGGUUCUGGUAAACAUUCAGGCCCAGCGGCUGCUCCAGCUUAUUUGCUACCCACAUCGCCAGCUGGACAGUGAUGAUGGUGACAACCCUCAGAGGCAGCGCAUCAAACGCAUUCUACAGAACAUGGACCAAUGGACGAUGAGACAGUCGUCCCUGGAGCUGCAGCUGAUGAUCAAACAGAGCACAAACAAUGAGCUCUACUCGCUCUUGGAGAACAUAGCCAAGGCCACCAUAGAGGUGUUUCAGAAAUCAGCUGAGCUGAACAGUAACCCCUCAGGGAAUGGAGCAGCGGCACAAGGUGGCUCCGCAUCCAACAACAACAGCACCACCAGCAAGAUGAAGCCAAUAUUAAGCUCAUCAGAGCGGUCAGGUGUGUGGCUGGUGGCUCCGCUGAUAGCCAAGCUGCCCACCUCAGUUCAGGGCCAUGUACUGAAGGCAGCAGGAGAGGAGCUGGAGAAAGGACAGCACCUGGGCUCUUCCUCACGCAAGGAAAGGGACAGGCAGAAACAGAAAAGCAUGUCUCUGCUGAGCCAGCAGCCAUUCUUGUCUUUGGUGCUGACCUGCUUGAAGGGGCAGGAUGAACAGAGGGAAGGCCUUCUCACCUCCCUCUACAGCCAAGUGCAGCAAAUUGUUACCAACUGGAGAGAAGACCAGUACCAGGAUGACUGCAAGGCAAAGCAAAUGAUGCAUGAGGCUCUAAAACUUCGACUGAAUCUUGUGGGUGGCAUGUUUGACACGGUGCAGCGCAGCACCCAGCAGACCACUGAGUGGGCGGUACUACUUCUUGACAUCAUCAGCAGCGGCACAGUGGACAUGCAGUCCAAUAAUGAGCUUUUCACAACAGUGUUGGACAUGUUAAGUGUCCUGAUUAACGGCACACUGGCUGCUGACAUGUCCAGUAUCUCUCAGGGCAGCAUGGAGGAGAAUAAGAGAGCCUAUAUGAACCUGGUCAAGAAGCUCAGGAAAGAGCUCGGGGAUCGGCAAUCAGAAAGUUUGGAAAAGGUUCGACAGCUUCUGCCGCUGCCCAAGCAAACCCGCGAUGUCAUAACCUGUGAACCGCAGGGCUCACUAAUAGACACAAAGGGUAACAAGAUUGCUGGAUUUGAGAAGGAGGGC